ACAGGAUGCAAAUUGGCGGGCUGUUUGUUGGCUGAGGAGAUGUUUGGAUUUACUCACCAUCGUCCAACCCGUCUGGCUGCCAGUCUAGCCAGCUUGUCAGCUCCUGAGAUGGUUGCCUGGUCUCAAAAUCGAAUGUUGCACCGGGUCAUUGAAUCUGCUCUCCUUUCGCCCUCCGUACCGGAGCAGAGGAAACUACAAGUCUUUGCUCGUCUUAAGUCACAAUUGGGCACUCUGGCCAUGAACCAAUCAGGUAGCCGGGUGGUGGAGGCCCUAUGGCGCAGCUCAGAUGUUUCAACAUUGAAGUCAUCCAUGGGGAAGGAGAUGUUGCCGCUGCGUGAGGAGAUUGCGAAAUGUCUGGCGCCCUUGGCGGACCGUUUAGCAGGAGCAAAGUUUGGCAGGUUUGUGGAGAAUUUAGUCGGCUCUGCUGUAUACCGCACCAAUCCACAAAGAUGGCGACAGGUUAAGUUGGCUGGCACUAGUGCUGAUGCUGCCAAGCCCACCAACACUACGACAAGAGAAUUGAAAAGUUCAGUGAAACGUCCUUCGCAAACAGACUUGCAAAAUCACAAGUAUUUUGCAAAAAAACGGAAGCGCUGA